AUGUCCUUUAAAAUUUCAAAUACCCAAUGUCAAUGUUCAGAUGAUAACUCAUGCGGCUGUUGCCCCAAUACUGUCUCCUCUAGUGGUUGCAGGUGCAGUUCCAAAGUUCAAUGUCAAUGCAGCCACGAAGAUUCUACCAAAGCUAAGGACUGUGAUUGCAGUCUAUGUACGUGUGCUACGAAUGUCCAAUGUCAAUGUCCAGACAGUACCUCAUGCAACUGCUGUACCAAGACUGCCUCCUCUGGUGGUUGCAAGUGUAUUGCCAAUAUUCAAUGCCGAUGCGGCCAUCAUGACUCUACCAAAGGUAAGAAGUGUAAAUGCAAAGAAUGUAAGUGUACCGUGAAUAUCCAAUGUCAAUGUCCAGAUUGUAAGUCUUCUUCAUGCUGCUGUUGUGAUAAGACUUCCUCCUCUGGUGGUUGCAAUUGCAGUUCCAGUGUUCAAUGUCAAUGUCAAGGCGAUACCUCCUGCAAUUGCUGUAACAAGUCCAUCUCCUCUGGUGAUUGCAAGUGUAAUAUCAAUGUUCAAUGCCAAUGCAGCCACCAAACCUCUACUACACCUAAGAACUGUGAAUGCGGUCCAUGUAAAUGUACCGCGAACGUUCAAGGUCAAUGUCCCGACGACAACUCAUGCAAUUGCUGUGACAAGCCCGUCUCCUCGGAUCACUGUAGGUGCAGUUCCAAUGUUCAUUGUCAAUGUUGA